AUGACCGAAACCGUAAAUAAUGAUUAUUUAAAGAGUAAUGGAAAAAAUAAAGAAUUAGAUAUGGACCUUGAGAAUAGACAUGAAAUACAGAAGACCUUUGGUUUUGUGGGGAAUCUUAUUUUGGCUUAUAAAACGAUCGGUACAAUUUAUGGUGACAUUGGAACUUCGCCUUUGUAUGUAUUUACCAGUAUUUUUCCCGACCCUCCAACUGAUCCUAGAGACGUUUAUGGUACAUUGUCUUUAAUUAUCUGGUCUUUGGCAAUCAUCCCAUUUUUCAAAUAUGUAUUUAUUAUCUUGAGAGCUGAUGACAAUGGAGAGGGUGGUACAUUUGCUUUGUAUUCAUUGUUAAGCAGAUACUCCGGAUUAUCUAUUCGAGGAGGAAACAACGAUGAUUUGACAAUUGCGAAUUUUGAUUCUAUGUCUGUCCAUAGCAUUAAAGAAAAACCAAAUUUUAUCAAAAGAAGUAAAUUCGUGCAAAGAGCUUUACUCGUUUUGGUCUUGUUUGGAACUUCUUUGGUAUUGAGUGAUGGAUUACUCACUCCCGCUAUAUCUGUAUUGUCUGCUGUCGAGGGUAUUGUGAUUCCCGCACCAAGUCUAAAAAAUGCUACUGUUCCUAUUAGUUGUUUGAUUAUGAUAUGCUUGUUUUUGGUACAAAGAACGAGUCGACUUUCCAUUCUCUUUGCGCCUAUCGUCAGUCUUUGGUUUAUAUCUCUUGCCACUAUCGGAAUUUGGAAUAUAUCUCAUGACCCAUCUAUCUUAAAAGCCUUUAACCCAUAUUAUGCCUUUGAAUACUUUAUACGGAAUGGCUCUUCGAGUUAUCAUAUCCUUGGCGGUGUUCUCUUGGCAAUCACAGGAGUAGAAGCUCUGUUUGCUGAUUUAGGCCAUUUUAAUCGGAUUUCUAUUCAAGUCUCUUUCGCAUUUUUCGCAUUUCCAUCUUUAACCCUUGCGUACUUGGGCCAAGGUGCUCGUCUUGUAUUAGAUCCUGCAGUGAGUGAAAAUACAUUUUGGUUAACUUUACCGAGUACCGAUGGUCCUAUUUAUUGGAUCGUAUUUAUUUUGGCCACACUUGCUACCAUAAUUGCUUCUCAAGCUAUGAUUUUGGCUACCUUUUCACUGGUUCGUCAAGCCAUGCAAUUGGAUUGUUUACCACUUUUAGAGGUCAAUUACAUUUUAUUGGGUUCUAUCUUGAUCAUCAUUAUAGCAUUCCAACACAGUGCCAAUCUUACUGUAGCCUAUGUUAUCGUUGCUAUAGUCUUCUUUUUGGUAUUUGGUUUUAUCGAUAGUGCAUUUUUGGGAUCAACACUAUUAAAGGUCCAAUCAGGAGGCUGGUUUACUUUAUCUAUUGCCACUUUGUUGUUGUUUGUAAUGCUGAUAUGGCGAUGGGGCACUACUCUCAAAGUGAAAUAUGAACUCAGAAAUAAGACAAGACUCGAUGAUAUAUUUGCCAGUAACUUUCCAGAAAAAGAAGCACAAGAAUCCAAUAGUGAAGAUAGUGAUCAAACUGAUGAAAUUUUGCAAACAAUAGUGAGACAAAAAUCUAAAAACAUUCAACUUCAACUUUUAGGCACAGGUUUCCCCGUCAAUCGUCUUCCUGGGAUUGGUUUAUUUUAUAAAGAAGCUGGAAUGGGAGUCCCUUUGAGUUUUUGUCAUUUUAUUCAUCAUUUUCCAGCUGUUCCGGAAAUUCUUAUAUUUAUUACAAUUCGUCCAAUUACUAUUCCUCUGGUGGGUGAAGAAGAUCGAUUGAUUGUAAAAAAAGUUGGCAAUUAUGAAAAGGUCUACCAGGUAAUUGGAAGAUAUGGUUAUACGGAAAAUAUUUAUCAAGGAGAAGAAUUUAUAAAGAAAUUGAUUAUUGCAAUAUGUGAAAUUGAUCCUAAAGCGGAAACCACAUUAGGAAACCUCGAAAAUGAAGUUGUCACUUAUGUAAUUGGGCAUCAAAAACUUGUAGCACAAUCAAAUUCUCCUUGGUGGAAACGAGCUUUUUUAGAAACAUAUUCAUUUCUUGUAAAAAAUUCGAGACAAAUUUAUGCAAACUGGGAAAUCCCAGUUGAUAAGGUUAUUGAGGUUGGCAUGAAAAUUGCUGUUUGA